AUGAUGAGGGCGAUGGUGAAAGGGGGCGGGGUCGCCGGGAAGGCGCAGGCGCGGAGCGGCGUGGUGGUGCGUGCGGCAGCCAACGGGUCGGGGCCCCGCCCCAAGGCGCCGUCCCUGCUCCAGGCCAUGUCCUUCAACGGCCCGGCGCCGGAGAUCAUCAACGCGCGCGCCGCGAUGAUCGGGUUCCUUGCCGCGAUCGGCAGUGAAGCCGUGGCGGGGCAGACGGUGGCCCAGACGGCGCACGAGCACCCGGUCGCGGUGGGUGCGACGGUGGUGGCGAUCACGGCUGCGUCGCUGGCGCCGAUCCUCCAGGGCGCGCUGCGGUCGGAGUCGCUCGGGCCGUUCACGCCCAAGGCGGAGCUCGCGAACGGCCGCGCGGCGAUGCUCGGCAUGGUCCUCCUCCUGUGCCUCGAGCGCGCGAGCGGACAGCCCAUGUUUUGA